CCAGCUUCCCUUCCAGUCCCUGUGCACUCUGAGCCCCCCCAGGGCUCUGGGCCAUGGCACACACUGUGCCUGGCGCAUCUCCAGACUCUCCGCCUGGCUAGUUCUUCCUCGCCCUACAAGUCUCAGCACCAGUGUCACAUGUAGAGUGGGCUGCCAUCAGGGUCACGAGGAGAGAACUCAGGGAGGCCCUUCAGGAUGGGACAGGGGAGGCCAGUGGAGCAAGCCGGGAAGGCUUCCUGGAAGAGGAGAUCAGAGGAUGAGCAGCAGUUCAGCAGUUCUGCCUUCAUAGUUCUCUGCCUUUACCCCAAAACUGCAGAAAAUGAACAAAUUCCAGGGAUCAGUUUCAUUCACGGAUGUGACUGUGGACUUUACCCAGGAGGAAUGGGAGCAGCUGGACCCCUCUCAGCGGAUCCUAUACAUGGAUGUGAUGCUGGAGAAUUACAGCAACUUACUUUCAGUGGAAGUGUGGAAGGCUGAUGACCAGAUGGAAAGGGACCACAGAAACCCAGAGGAGCAUGCGAGGCAAUUUGUAAUCCUGAAGAACCAAACUCCAAUUGAGGAAAGAGGUAAUAUCUUUGAAAAAACACUUAAUCUGAAUACAGACUUUGUUUCUUUAAGACAAGUACCCUAUAAAUAUGACUUAUAUGAAAAAACUUUGAAAUAUAAUUCAGACUUACAUAAUAGUAAUAGAAACUAUGCAAGAAGGAAAGCUGAUGACUGUAAUGGAUUUGGAAAAGCAUUCCUCUAUCUUAAGCAAGAGAAAACCCACCCUGAAGUAGAAUACUCUGAAUAUAAUAAAAGUGGAACAGCCUUCAGCCAUAAAGAAGCCAUUUUUAAACAUCAGAAAAUUAAAAAUUUGGUUCAACCUUUUAUUUGUAAUUACUGUGACAAGGCCUUCUCCUUUAAGUCACUCCUUAUUAGUCAUAAGAGAAUACAUACUGGAGAAAAACCAUAUGAAUGUAAUGUAUGUAAGAAAACCUUCUCCCAUAAGGCAAACCUCAUCAAACAUCAGAGAAUUCAUACUGGGGAGAAACCCUUUGAAUGUCCUGAAUGUGGAAAAGCUUUCACUCACCAGUCAAACCUCAUUGUACACCAGAGAGCACAUAUGGAGAAGAAGCCCUAUGAAUGCAGUGAAUGUGGAAAGACAUUUGCCCAGAAAUUUGAACUCACUACACACCAGAGAAUUCAUACAGGAGAACGACCUUAUGAGUGUAAUGAGUGUGCAAAAACCUUCUUCAAGAAAUCAAACCUCAUAAUACAUCAGAAAAUUCACACAGGGGAGAAACGCUAUGAGUGCAGCGAAUGUGGAAAAUCCUUUAUCCAGAACUCACAACUCAUCAUACACAUGAGAACUCAUACAGGAGAGAAACCCUACGAAUGUACUGAAUGUGGCAAAACUUUCAGCCAGAGGUCAACUCUUAGGUUACAUUUGCGAAUCCAUACGGGUGAGAAACCGUAUGAGUGUUCUGAAUGUGGGAAGGCCUUUAGCAGAAAGUCCCGACUCAGUGUCCACCAGAGAGUUCACAUAGGGGAUAAACCCUGAGACUGUACCUAGGUUGCACUGUGGAAAACCCUCCCACCAGAACCCUUCCAACCAGGGAGAAACCUUAUGAAGGUAUUGAAGGAACAUAGGAAUUCACACUGAGAUAUAAUCUCAACUCAAAUGUAUAAAAAAUAGGAUCCCAUAAGAACAUUAUACUGGAAGUUACAUAUGAUGCCUAGCUAAAGAAUACAUAUGAGAAUGUAUCCAAUUGUAAAUAGACAUACUCAGCUGUAUUACCAUGAGCUUUUUAAAAUCUUGAAUGAAUUGAAUAUUCUAAGCGGCAGCAUAAAGCAGACACAGUUUCCUAAGAAUUCAGUGGUUAUGUGCAAGCAUGCCACAGAACACAAGUUCUGUGUUUUAGAUCUGUACAUGUGAAUUUAGCAUAAUCACUGGGAGUUUGAAAUUCUUGUCCUCUGUGAUAAUUAGGACACAUCAAACAAUUUUCCAUACUGAACAUCACUUCAGUACCUCUACAAUCCAGUAUGCAUUCCAAAUGAAAUAUGUAACAGAUUUUAAAGUAGCAUGUAGCCUAUGUCUUUCCCCACUGCUUGCUGGCAUAUAUAUGUUGGUAUGACCAUUGUUACUGAGCUCCCUCUUCACUAAACAGAAGACACUGUUGAAGUUUUACUUGCUUCUGGUUUGCUGAAGAUUUUCUAGAAGCACUAUUUACAUAAAUAUGCAAGUGUGAGAUAAUUAAGAGGUGAUCGAGAGAGAGAAAGCAGAUGUGGGCUGUACUACUCAGUAUGCCCACGGAAUAAGGAUUUACCAUGUAAAGACAAUAUCCGCAUUCGUCAUGCUCUUGUUAUUUUUCAGCAGAGUAUUUACAUACAAAUGCAUGCCUAUUACCAAAAUAUUGUGUAACCCAGGAACUACCUGUUUUUAUUUGUGUUUCCCUUAAUAUUUUAUGAAUUGUCUUGCAAAAAAAAUGAUAGGAUGCUUAUAUAGCUCAAAAAUGUUAGAGGAAAAAUAAUUUAUUUUAAGAGACUGUCAAGAACUGUUUUUCAUGCUUAAGAUUUUCCAUAUUUGGAAAUGAACUUUGACAGUAUUCUGUUGUUUAGCAGAGGCAUAUCUAUGUCCUCGAGUUUCAUUAUUGUCAACCUGAAACAUUUCCCUUUGGAACCUAAGUUAGUGUAAGUUAUUACCUUUCCUUUCCAUGUUCACACUGUAUAAGUUAGACUUUACAGUGGUCUCUCCAUAUAUUGUUUGAUGAUUAAAGUAAAUAAAUUAUUUUUGCAUAGCUCAAAGUAAUGCCAUUUUAGGCACAAAUUCACAAGUUCAGGCUUUCCCUGUCAAUCAUGCAUUAAAAUUAUAAACGGCAACCAAAACUGGCCUUUUAUUCUUUUACUCAUUAUUUUGAAGAUCACUGUUGUGCUGUGACUAUGUGAAUGUGAAUGAAUUGCCCAACAAAUUUACCAUGACAUCUGUAGCCCAGUAAAUUUGUUUUUGUAAGUUGUCAUCUUACUACUAACAACAAAAGCAGCAGGGGAAAAAGUUAAUUUUGUACGCUGCUGUUGGAAAUGGAAAUUGUGACAGCCUCCAUGGAAAACAUUGUGACUCAGUGUUUUAACGUUAGUAUCUAUACUCUUCAACCCAGGAGUCUCCUGGGAAUCUAUCCCUAAGAAAAAAAUAAAGUGCCAGAACUUAAGAGUAUAUGUUUAUCAAUGUAUAUUGUAGUAUUUUUUGGUAAGGACCUCAAAAAAAGAAAAAGGAGGAAAAAGACCAUCAGUAAGGGAAUGGUUGAAGAAAUUGUAAAAAUAUACCAUGGCUGAAUGGUAGUCCAUUGAAAAGAAUGUGUGGGAGCAAGUUCCUCCAGGUCAGAUGAGGAAAGCAAAAGGAAAGAGAGAAGAUGUAUGUAUGUGUAUGGCAAUUUUUAUAAAAUAAAGAUUCAAACAUCUUGUAUAUGUGUGUACUUGCAUAUGAUUUCAUGGGCUUGGAGAAUA